AUGGCAAGGAAGGCUCCAGAGGCAGAGACCUGGAAGCCCCCAGAAUACCCUGAGGAGCGCAGGGGGCUCUGCAGAAACGGGGAAGGGGAGGACGUGGGCAAGGUCCACCGGGUGCUGGGAUGGUCAUGUCAGAGCCUGGGAGAAGGACCGGGACUGGCAUCAAGACGCCGGGCGGGUUCUGGAUUGCCGCACCCUACAGCUCCGCAGGGGACCCCUGCCACUCACAAAGACGCCCAAAGUUUCGAGCAGGCCUCCAGCUGCGGAGUUCCCAGCUUCCUGCCCAACCUAUCGGCCCGGGUGGUAGGAGGAGAGAAUGCCAUUCCCCACAGCUGGCCCUGGCAGAUCUCCCUCCAGUACCUCAAGGAUGACACUUGGAGGCACACAUGUGGUGGCACCUUGAUCGCCAGCAACUUUGUCCUCACGGCUGCCCACUGCAUUAGCAAUUCCCGAACCUACCGUGUGGCCCUGGGAAAGAACAACCUGGAGGUGCCAGACGAGGAGGGCUCCCUGAUUGUGGCAGUGGACACCAUCCACGUCCAUGAGAAGUGGAACUCCCUCCUGGUGCGCAAUGACAUUGCCCUCAUCAAGCUAGCAGAGCACGUGGAGCUGAGUGACACCAUCCAGGUGGCCUGCCUGCCGGAGGAGGGCUCUCUGCUGCCCCAGGACUUCCCCUGCUAUGUCACAGGCUGGGGCCGCCUCUGGACCAAUGGCCCCAUUGCCGACGAGCUGCAGCAGGGCCUGCAGCCGGUGGUGGAUCACGCCACGUGCAGCCAGCCAGACUGGUGGAGCUUCAGGGUGACCAAGAGCAUGGUGUGCGCCGGGGGCGAUGGCGUCAUCUCAGCCUGCAAUGGGGACUCCGGUGGCCCGCUGAACUGCCAGGCUGAGAAUGGAUCCUGGGAGGUCCGCGGCAUUGUCAGCUUUGGCUCGGGGCUGGGCUGCAACACCCGGAAGAAGCCCACAGUCUUCACCCGGGUGUCCGCCUACAAUGACUGGAUCAACCAGAAAAUGCAGCUGUGAUUUGUCCUUCGGAGCCAUGGCAGCAAAUCCCUACAACAGCAAUAAACCUCCUUCCCC